GGGGCCACAAUCUCUCUCUCGUCCCGAAUCACGACCGCCUGCUGCUGCUGCGACCUCGGAGCCCGCCGGACCCGUCCCUGGUCGCCGGAUACAGCACCGGAACCCUGGACGAGGUUUGCCGAGUCCAGCCCCACGAAGCGGCGGCCCUGAAGACGGACACCGUGCUGGUGAAGCAGUUCCGGCUCCGGGAGGAGAAUUUGCGGCUUCUGAAGGCCGCCGUGAAUGCCGACGCGUCCCGGGAAGGCUCUAUAGAGGCCAGGCCGUUCUCGUCUGCGGAGUGUGUGAGCGCGACGUUGUGGAGGAUGAUAACUAGAGCCAGAGUGCCGGAGGAGGAGCGCGAGCGCGACGGCGCGGGCGAGGUCUCGAGCCGCAAGACGAGAUUCUUCAUUUUCGUCGACGCGAGGAAGAGGAUGAGGCUGCCGGACGGAUUCUUCGGGAACGUGGUUGCGGCGGCUUACGCCGAGAGCCUCGAGAGCGACAUCCUGCGCCGGCCGCCGUGCUACGCCGCCAGGCUCAUUCGCGCCGCCACCGUCAAUGCAAGCGACGCUUUCAUGAGGUCCUUGAUCGACUGGCUCGAGGUGCAGAAAUCGUCGCCCGAUCCCGUUUCUGCCAAGGCCGAGCACGUGCUGUCAGUCGGCCACGACGUGGCGGCGACGUUCUGGACAUGGUUUGGCCUCUAUGACGUCGACUUCGGUUGGGGGAAGGCCGAUCUGGCCCUGAGAAAUGCUCCGCCCCGGCAUCUGAUCGAUGGCGUGGCAAUGAUGCCCAGUCCUGACGGUGCACGAGACAUGGUCGCUCUUCUGAAUCUCCAUCGCGAUCGCAUGCUCAGGCUCGAACACGAUCCAGAGUUUCGAGCUUUGUUCAUGUGAUCUCAUGGUAGACGGAUCAUGUUACUAGCAGAUUAGCGAAAGGUUUGUCGAGUAUUCUCGAUAGAAACUGCCUCGAACUACGCUCUUACCAGUACGUUGUCGCCGCCUGCGAUCUGAGCAGCUUUGCAGAAUUUAAUAAACUUCGAAUUCCAAAGUACAUCCUUCUGGC